AUGACAAAGAUCGUUGAGAGAACCAUGAAAGAGAAGCGCCACAUUAUUAUCAUCGGUGCUGGCGUCUCUGGUAUUCUACUUGGCUGCGCGUGCGAUGUACCAAGUGACAUAUACCAAUACUCCUUUGCGCCCACGAAGGAUUGGUCCAAAUUAUUCGCAUCGUCUGGGGAGAUCCAAAGUUACCUAUCGCACGUUGUGGAUCACUUUGACCUGGCUCAUCACAUCGAGUUCAAGACAACGGUGACAAGAUCUGCCUGGUCUGAGCAGGAAAGCAAAUGGCUAGUCGACACCGAAUGCAAUGGUAUUGUCAACAAGGGCAGGAAAGCAGAUGUCCUGAUUAAUGCAGCCGGAAUCUUGAACCACUAUCGGUAUCCCGAUAUACCUGGGCUAGAUAGCUACAGGGGUCGUCUGAUACAUACCGCGGACUGGGAUCAUUCGAUCGAUCUAGCGGGGAAGAGGGUGAGUGUUAUCGGAGCAGGUGCGAGCGCCGUGCAAGUCAUACCGCAGAUCCAGCCUCUCGUCAAAGAACUUUCAGUAUACAUCCGAACCCCAUCCUGGAUCACGAGCCUGCCCGACAGUUUCGAGGGAGUCGACAACAACUCCCACAACACCGCAGGUUACCUCCAACGCUGCAAGAGCCUUGAGAGCUACUACAACAAACUCUUUCCUGUCUUUUACCGGGACUCGAAAACACAGACGCAGAAGCGCGAAGAGCUUGAACUAUGGAUGAGAGAACGUAUCGCAGACCCUUCACUGCGCAAGAACCUCAUUCCGAAUUAUGAACUCGGCUGCCGUAGAAUCAGUCCUGGAGAGCCAUUUCUACAAGCUCUACAAAAACCAAAUGUCACUUGUAUAUUCAGCCCCAUCCUGACGUGUCAGCCAGAAGGUCUCGAGACGCAGGACGGCAUCGAGACAUCAGAUGUCAUCAUCGCGGCCACGGGAUUUGACACGUCUUUCCGCCCACGGUUCCCCUUAUUGGGUCGCAAUGGAAUAGAUCUUAGGGAUCUGUGGAAGGACGAUCCGAUUUCGUACAUGGGGCUCGGGUGUGCGGAAUUUCCGAACUACUUGUCUAUGCUCGGCCCCAAUUGCCCAGUUGCGAACGGUAGUUUGAUAGGUAGUCUGGAAGCCAUGGCGGAUUUCUUCGUACGACUUCUCAAGCGCGUAGACAGCUUUGGCGUCGCUACGUUCAUGCCGGACAAGGGCGCACAGGAAGACUUCAAUCUGCAGGUUGAGGAGUUCAUGCAAGGAGCUGUAUGGACGGGCAAUUGCACAAGUUGGUACAAACGCGGCAAAGGGGGGAGGAUAACAGCUGUGUGGCCUGGGAGUAGCCUCCAUUACCGUGAGGUACUUGAGCAGGAUCGCUGGGAGGACUGGAAUUGGACUUAUCGUGGCAGACGAUAUGGGAUAUGGGGUAAGGGGGAGUCUGCUGUUGAGAAGGCCGGUGGUGAUCACAGCCAUUACCUAGAGCAUGGACCAUUACUACGAAUGUCUUCCCUCGCUUGA